AUCUAUCUAUCCAGCGUGCUACAAUUAAGUCUCUUGUCGUGACGUCAGACAUCAAGUACAGAUAUGCCACAACCCGUGUCUCAGCUGAAUACUUCAAUAACUUUAAUUCUCCUGUGUUGGCAGAUUUUCAUGUCACGUUGCCAGCACGAGCUUACAUUUCUAAUUUUUCCAUGACUGUCGAUGGAAAUGUUACUUAUGGUGUCGUCAAAACAAAAGAGAAAGCAAAAGCAAUUCACCAAGAAGCAAUUGAUCGAGGGGAAAAUACAGGUUAUAUUGAAGUCAAACACAGAUUCACAAAUGUGUAUGAUAUAUCAGUCAAUGUUGAACCAGGUAAAAAUAUUGUAUUCAACCUGACAUACCAGGAACUUCUUCAGCGGUCUCUAGGAAAAUACAGACAUGUUAUUCAUCUGAUCAACAAAGAAAUAAUCAACAAUUUCUUGAUAGAAGUUUUUAUCAGCGAACCUCAGGAUAUUAUUGAUAUUCAGAUCCCUAAGAUAAAGUCAGAUGAACUGGAAUCACCAACACAACAGACAGAAGAACUGGAAACAGCUACCAUAGAAUAUUUUGAUAAUAAAAACGUCUACAUCAGAUAUAAUCCAAGCCCAGAAGAACAACAGAGAUUUGGAAAAGAUGGAAUUGAAGGCCUUUUUAAAGUGUACUAUGAUGUUGAUCGACAAGACAAUCCACACAUGGUUUAUGCUGUUGAUGGCUACUUUGUCCAUUUUUUUACUCCGGAUUCUCUACCCCAACUACCAAAGAACAUUGUCUUUAUGCUCGACGUCAGCGGCUCGAUGAAUUUACCCAAACUCGAACAACUGAAACAAGCCAUGAUCACUAUUCUGAAUUCCCUGGUACCAGAUUUAGAUAAUUUCCUUAUUGGCUCCUUUUCAUCAAAUAUCCGUUGGAUGAAUGAUGGUGUUUUUGUGCCUGCUACAAAGAUCAAUAUUGCCAACGCCAUAAACGCAGUCAAAGAACUUUAUGCUAAUGGAGGAACAAAUAUCAAUGAUGCCCUUUUAAAAAGCGUUGAGAAACUAAAUUCUGUUCAAUCAUUUGAGAAAAAAGAUGUCCUGUUUUUCUUGACCGAUGGCCAACCUACUAAACUCCUGAAGGAAGACAAAACAGAGGAAAAUUCUGAGAAAAUUAUUUCAUUGGCUUUGAGAUAUGGCUUUGUCACACCCUUGACCGCAAUGGUUGUAACUGAAGCCAAUCUUGUUGGAAAUGUAUUGGAGGAAUCCACUGAAAAAGGUUAUUCUCAUAAACCAAUGGUUUUUCAAAAACAUUUUUCACCAUUCAUUCCUCGUCGAAAACUCAGAUUUGGAAUGUCAAGAAGCUACAAGGUAGUCCCAAGAGUUUUGCUAGCAACUUCCAUUCAACAUACAACCACUAAGAGGCCAUUCUUAAUAACAGCAACAACUCCAAGUACAAACACUACAAAAGUAAUAAACUUUAUUCCAGGUAUAAUUCUAGAACCAUAUGGCUGUAAUGAAACAGUGUGCCUUAGAAGUCAUAAAUCCUGUCUUAGUCAUUCAAAAGUCAUUCUCCUUGCAGAUAGCCAUGCUUAUAUAUUUAUUUAUGGUAUCUUGGACAGAACAUCUUCUUCAAACUGUAUGAAUACAUUGAAGAGGCUGGUUAUAAAAAAGAAACGUAAAGUUCUUGCACAAAUAACACCAGAAAUGAUGGAAAAAAACCAAAAAAAGGUUAUUAUUGCCAACAAAACUGAGAUCAUUCUAACUGUGAAGAAAUAUCUGAAGCUGAAAGUAUACAUUAAGACUAUAGACAAUGAAAAGGCACUUAGUGCUCAUUUCACAGUCCUUCAGCCCCUGCCAAAACCCAAAGGUAUAUUAGGUAUGUACAUGUCGAAUGUCACUUGCCAGAAGACGGGGUCAAACAACCUUCUUUUGAAUAAUAAAACAAAAUUGUAUGAGAAUGUGGUCUCCUUCGUUGUACUAACAAGAACAGUUUUUCUUUUUACUGUCUUGCAUAAAACAAUCUCCCAAUCAAGAUGUCUGGACUUGUGA